GCAGUACAGAUUGACUAACACGCGUGCAUUUUACACUGUCGAUUUUGCAAUAAACCGCUGCGAUUGACUAACCUAUCGCUAACACGCUGUACGAAAAAUCUGUUUUGGAACCAAAAUAGCUUCAGCCGCCUCCUCUCCCCUGCUGUUCAUCGUCACUAAAAUCAAUCUUCCAUUCAUUCAUUUAUACCGCGGAAAGUCGCAUAAAACCCUGACACAGUAAAUAUGCUUUCAUGGCAUUGAGUGAUGCUUGGUUAGAGAGUAGAAAAUUAGAAAACUGAGAAUGGAGAUAACAAUGAAUGGAGAAGAAGGGGAGAAGGGAGAUGCAAUGAGCAGAAUCUUUAUUGGGGGGCUAGGAGCUUCAGUUACAGGCGACGAACUGGAGAGGAUCUUUUCUUCAUUUGGUCGAAUCCAUGGCUUGGACAUUAUUCGAACAAAUAAUCGCAGCUUUGCUUACGUGAAUCUUCAACCAGCCGACGAGAAGUCUCUCUCUAAACUUUUCAGCUUGUAUAAUGGAUGCGCAUGGAAAGGUGGGCGCCUGAGACUGGAGAAAGCCAAAGAACACUAUCUAGUUCGGUUGCGCCGUGAAUGGGCUACAGAUGCUGCACAAAUGGUAACUGAUUUUGUUGAUGCCAACACAUCAGUAAAAGUGCAGGAAGAAACAAGUACGGCAUCAGAAAAAAAUGGAUUAAAGAUCUUCUUUCCAAGGCAGAAAAAGGUCAAAGUUUUGCCAGGCAAGGGAACGGGAAAGCAUAAAUACAGUUUUCAGCGAGUUGAAAGUGUGCCAGUGACCCAACUCCUUUUCUGUGGCUGUGAGGAACAAAAAAUACAUAUUGAACGAGAUGAAAAUAAUGAAAUUGAUGUAGACAUGAAUAAUGCUAUGCCUGAAACACGAGGUGUAACUGAGAAGGAACUAAAUAUUAUGAAGAGGGUUAUGGACAAGCUGAUUGGGAAUGAGGAGCAAAUGCAGAGUUCAACAGAACUUGGCAGUAGGACUGAGAUAGGACAUGCUCACAUACCUGCAAAGUGGACAAAAGGCAAAGCCAGAAUAGGCAUGGAAAGGUUUGAUGAUGAGGGUAAUAUUGAAAGGGUAGGUGAUGGGGAAACUGCGUUUAAAAGUUCAGAUACACUUGCUGCAAGUAUAAAAACUAAAGAAAGUUCCACAGAGAAGGAACUGGAGAAUAUAGAGGUAGUCAAAGACAAAUUGAAGCUAAACGUUAAGGAUUCAGAGGAUGAAAAAAGCUUACCCGGAGGAAUGACAGAAAAUAUGGCAAGUGAAAAUGCAUACAAGCCACCAUCUACCAAAGUUAAAUUUCGUAUGGCAAAACUGGGGCAAAAAGAUUCCAAACAAGAAAUUCAUAGUCAAGUCAAUAAUAUGAAAUCUUCCCCCAAGGAAGGCAACAAUCGCCAACCUGGAGUUCUUGAACUAAAAGAGAGCAAAAGGUUGAAAUUUGAAGAUGGUGCGUGCAGUUCAAUCCAGCAAAAUGAGGCAAGGGACAACUUAAGCAUUGACGUUGGACUAGAAAUCAAUGGCAACACCUUCUCUAAAGAUCAUGGCAAUGACACUGUAACUGAAGUACAAGAUGGCAGUCGUUCUAGGGUACAGAAGGCUUCUUGGAAAGAAUUGGUCGGUGAGACUGGCAGAGUUUCUUUUUCUCUUUCUAGCAUUAUUGGAGGUGCUGGUUCUCCAUAUUUGGUGAAAGAUAGAGAGAGUCAAACUCUUGAAGGUCUGGAGAAUUCUUCAAAUCAUUCUCGUAAAGAAAUAAGCAGAAAUCUUCCAGAUAGGAAUCGAAAGCAUGUGAUGGAGAAAGGACACAAAAGCUCAAGUGACUAUUCACACUCAUUCUUGAGUGGGCUAGUUGUGAAACCUAAGGAUUCUGAGUCACAGAAGUCUGAACCAAUUGCUGAGAUGAAAAAUGAAGAUGAUACAAUAAAAGGAGAGGAGGUGCCUAAGGUUAAUUUUACAGAAAUGGAAGUUGAGGAUAAAAAUUGCCAUGAUCAAGUGGAUAAGGAUUUAAAUUUGUCUGGACAAGAGACAGGCUCUCCUGCACUGUGCAUGUUCAUGAGGUCUGAAAAUGCAGAAGCUGAAUGGCUCAAAUCCAAAGCAGCUGUUCAACGUUAUACAAAGUUCCGCAAGAAAAUAGCACCAAAAAGUACAAAGAGAUAAGGAGUGACUCUUGCCGGACUGUCUUGAUAUAUGGAUGUAUGCAAAUCACUCAAAUAAUGAGGAAUCUCCAAAUGCUACCAAAAACUUUAAAGCAGUUUGAAUGAAUUUUAUGGCUAAGCAGAUUGGCCCAUGUUGUCCAGAUUAGAUUCAGUGAUAUUGUCUUCAUUGUUGAUAUUCGUGCAAUGUUUUAUAUAUGGAACCAGAAUAUUUACUAGAAGCCAUAGCCAUAUAAAUGAAAUAUGUGGCUAACAAUAAUAUUCGCAAGAAAUUAACUUUGUUAGUUAUUCAAUUUAAGUCUCUUUUUAUUAUAAUAAACCAUCGAGUAAUUAUUAAAUCAA